CAGUAUCAGCGAGAAGUUAGGGUUUUUAUUCACAUUUGCAAAGCAGACAUUAUUAUUCCUUUAUUAAAAUUCCAUUUUCAGUCUCUUCACUCCUCUGUAAAAAUUCCAAUAAUUCAAAAAAUUAUAGCUAAGACGGGGUCCCUUUGUUGCGUGGCUGCAAGGCCACAUGGGUCCAAUGCAGCUAGUGGAGAAUGGUCCAUGGGGCCACAUGAGCCUUACUGGCGAACUAAUUCAAGCUUCUCCCCAGCACCAUCCAGAUGGGAUUUCCGCUUCCAACCUGAAACAUUAUCCUUUGGCUCUAAUGAUGGAGUUCAAUUGUAUGGAUCUUCUGCUUCAUCAAACAGUAGAGAUAGUAGAAGUUGGAUGAGGGGGAACCAAUUGGCCAAUCACCAAUAUCUCAUAUCAGAUGGUGUUGGUGCAUACUGUAGUAGUCCAUCGGACAUCUCUCCAGCACAGCAGUGGACUCCACCAGCUAUCCAAGAAAUCAACAUUGAUGAUUGUGGUACUUCAAGAAGGGAUGCAAUCACGAGGCCAUUUUCAUUUUCACCCACAAUGGAGGGAACAUCAAUUGCCAGGGAUGGCGGAGGCUCAACUUCAUCCCGAUCUGACAGUAGUGAUUGUGAUUCAAUCACCAAGUCCCAUUCAUCUAAUCGUAGCUUCCCAAGUCGCCGAUUCUUUAUGUCAAAGCCCAUACAUCCUCUGUCAUUUCCAACUGAAACAACACAUAGAAGAGAAGCUAUUGAGAGCCCCUCAGCUGGGUUUUUAGAAAUUGACGCCUCAACACCGCAAAGAGAUAAACACCGCUUAAGCAGUGCUAGUGGCAGUCUUGACUUGACGGAGGCUUCCGAGUCUUUCCAAUCUGACUUCCUUAGCAAACCUUGUAACCCUUCAGAUGGUUUCCGAUGUGGGUUAUGCGAGAGGUUUCUUUCACAAAGAUCGCCUUGGAGUUCCCGACGAAUUGUGAGAAGUGGAGAUAUGCCAGUUGCUGGGGUCCUUUCAUGCCGCCAUGUAUUUCAUGCUGAGUGUUUGGAGCAAGCUACACCAAAAUCAUGUAAAAGUGAUCCUCCUUGUCCAAUCUGUGCCAAGCUUGAAGAGGGUAGUUCUCCAGAGCAGCGAGUUUUAUCCAAGUUCUUUCCUAGGCUUAAAACAUUCAGUGAAGAAGGACCAUCCAAGCCUUGGGGCUGUGCUCAUUCUGGAGAUUGCGUCGAAGGGGCUUUGCACACACCUUCUCGUGGCACUAUGCUCUCACUAAACAAGAACCGAAUAAGGAAAAAUCUUUCUUUGAAGGGUAAUUCAGGCAAGGAAUUUCCGGGGAAAUUAAGAAAAACUAAUACAUUUUCGUCACAGCUAUUUAUUGGAUCAGUUGAUCAUGCAGUGGUGGGAUCUUCAAAAGCAUCAGCAGGUUCCGGGUUGAAGUAGCAACCGAAUUUUGUAUAUAAUUGCAAGGCCGAUGUCCGUGGCCUUUGAUGGUUGAUCUCCUAAUCGCUUUAACUGUUCCUGUUUAUGACUUGGAAUCUUUAGUGGCUUAAUCAUAUUGUAAAAUGUAAUGUAGUGGAAGUUGUGUUUGUUUGCACUUUAAAAGCCUCGAACAAAUUGCAUCUUUUGUGUAAGUUUAAAAUUGAUCUUUGAUCAUUGAACCCAUUAUAUGUAUUCCUGGUAUCCAACAAAGUGUCUUUUCUUUACUUGACAA